AUGAUUGUUUUUGAGUUCUAUGUGGAAAGUGCUUUAACUAACCCAGCUGUGAAGCCUUGUCGGUUGUGUAGUUUACACAAGUUCCUCAAGGAAAGCAAGUUGUGUGUGUCUAUUAAGGCGCUGAGCUGGGCAAAACCGUUCAUUUGGCCAAGUCACCUCACCACUCCUCUUCCAUUGCCUUGGACCCUUUUGAUAUAUAAACCUUCAACUACAAUGCUUUACUUCAUUAUAUCUUUUGUUUCCUUUCUCAUCCUUUCCAAGUCCUUUACCAGUAAGCCUCUCUCAUCAUGGGAGCGUGGGCACAAACUAGGAUCAAUUGGGUUUUGGGGGAGCCUUUCAAGUUGGCUAGUUUCUGGGCUCAGAAAAGGAAGCACAAGCAGCCCUUGUAGCUUUUUUCAGUUUUCUCUUGUCAUGUCAUUGAAAAAGAACAGUUUAGAGUCUAAGGUGGAGAAUGAGGAAGAGGAGGGAAAGGUUUCUCUCUUGGAUUUGCCUGAUUUACCAUUGGACUGUAUCCUUGAGCACCUUUCACCUGCUGAAUUAUGUAGGGUUGCAACAGCCUGCACAUCUCUUAGGGAUACAAGUAGAAGUGAUCAUUUAUGGAUGAAACACAUGGAGAGGAAAUGGGGUAAGGUGUUUGGUGAUGCUGCUUACAGACAAUGGAAAUGGCAUGUAGCUUCCAAGACCAGAGAGAAGAUUUCCAACCUGCAAAAUCAGAAAGGAAUAUUUGCUUUCCUUCAUGGUGGUUUUCACCCCUUGGUAUGGAUUAAAGCAAAAUCAGAAAAGGGAACACAAUCAAGUAGGUCAUUACCAGAAGAUUCAAUCAUGGCUCUAUAUCUUUCUCUUGAGAGUGGCAAAUUUUGGUUCCCAGCGCAAGUCUAUAAUCGAGAGAACGGUCAUGCUGGGUUCAUGCUCUCAUGUUAUGAUGCCCAACUUUGCUAUGACUCUCGAUCUGACACUUUUCUGGCAAGGUACUCACCUCAUGGGAGAUGGACAACUGAGGAAAACAUACAAUGGGACCGACUCAGAGUGCCACCAAUUGCCUCUCCUCCACAUGCUCUUCACAUCUCUGACUGUUUGGAUGACUUGAAACCUGGAGAUCACAUUGAGAUCCAGUGGAGAAGAAACAAAGAGUUCCCUUAUGGUUGGUGGUAUGGUGUCAUUGGUCAUUUGGAAGAGUGUCAAGGGCAUGGGAACCAUUGUCAUUGUCACAAUAAUGAUAUGGUGAUUUUGGAGUUCACACAGUACACUGCUGAAUCCAGAUGGAGACAAGCCGUGAUAGACAGGAAGCAUCAUAUAGAAAAAGGCAAUGAAAUAGAUGGUUUCUAUGGAGGAAUCAGGAAGCUGCAUAGCAGCGAAGAAAUUUCAAGGUGGAAGAAACUCUGGCCAACCAAAAUUGUGGUACAUGAUUGA